GUGGGACACCUUUUUCAGAUGAGGCCACUGGCAGGUAGGCAGCAGACUGGGACAAAGCAGAAGAUAGUAUAAGUUUUAAGCUAAAGGUCCAAGAAAACCAUUGAUCUGAGAGCAUGGCCUGUGGUGGAAGAGAAGACACUGACGUAUCUAUGGACCAAGACAGCGAUGUGUUCUUAAAUGAACAAGAGCCAGACACCCUUCAAAAUUUCCAACUAAGUAGUGGCUUUGUCCUCAACACUGAUGUGGCAAAGGAGAAAAUGGAAGUGGAUUUAGGCCUGCCAUCAGAUCCCGCCACUAUAGAUGCCAGCCUCUUUAGAAGAUCCAGCAGUAUCCCAUUGAUCAAUGGAUUAGGUGAUAACUCACAGGGAUUCCAAGUGGACAACUUCAGAAUGAGAAGGAACAGCUCACCAUUUCUGAAUCGCCAUGCUUUGUUUCUGCCUUCCCGCACUCGUACAUCUGCAAACCGAAUUUUCCAAAUCAAACAAGAAGAAAUGAUGGAUAUGGCAAGCAGAGAAGCAAUGCAUGAACGGGAGAUGCAUACUGCAAUGCAGAUAACUCAGAGUUGGGAAACAAGUCUAACUAUGAAUGACACCACCACCAUGCAACAACCAUCUCUUAUAAGGAGCAUCAAACAAAUUCAUAUCUCUCCAAUGGCUUCUUUCACCAAGGAACCUGGGAAGGACCAUGAGAACUGUUAGACCAGGCAUUCUGGAAACAUCAAAAAGGAAAGGUACCUUUACAUUCUG